GGAGACCAGGUGAAGCUUCUCAGAAAGGGACAAGCCGCGACGCGGUCAAACCAUGCAGGGAUGUUAAGUGCCUCGUGUCCAAUGGGAGAGCUCCAACGGUGCAAACGGGCAGGGAUGCAUAGAACGAUUCGACUGCGGCCCGCGCUGACCGCGAACCUGGACGCGUUUUGAGGCUAGGCAUCCAAUGACUUGCCGUGCUCCGUCGUGCCAGGCACAACAAGAGAGGGUCACGGAGAGCAGGUGCAUGCCGUGGCUGCAUGCAGGCCUGAUGAGAGAGCGAGUUGCCUUCUUCCCUCACCAACGAGAUCCCUGCCUGCGCCUACGCCCGCCGCGCAGCUGUCGAGUCGAGUCGAGCCGAGUCGAGUCAGAGAGUCAUCCCUCUGUCCCGUUUCGUCACGUUGGAAGCAACGCAACAGCGCAAUCGCAAGUCGCAACUGCCCGGCAGCACCAAAAAAGAUACGGUAAGCUCCAUCAGUCCAAAUUCAGCAGGAGACGCUGCGGGCGAAAUCGCGGCGCCUGUCCCCACACCCUUCCACUCCUCUGUACCCCUGCUCCGACAACUCCCAUUAUCUCCUCACACCUGCUUUGCUCUGUCGGUACACCCAUACAUUUCACCCCGCCUUGCACCCUGCCUGCACCUUGCCUGCAUUUCACCCAAUUCUCUGCGGUAUUCCGUACCAACUUUGGAAUGCGCCUCACCGUCUUGCGGCCUCUAUUUUGUCUUCUUUUCGUCGCAACACAUUUCUACCUGUUCCGAGGCUGCGCGCGCUCUUCCGUCAGAUCUUUAAACCCCACCACGGCAACGAUUCAAGGCUGCAUAUAAAUACUAUACCAUGUACAAGCUCUAGAGCCGAGUUCAUCAGGUUGCGACCCAGCUGGCCUGGCCUGGUGUUGGGUCGCAUCGGGGCCUGUCUCUGUCACCGACUUUGCGUAACCAACCGUCGCUUUCGUCUUUUUUUUUUUUU